AUGGCUCCAGAGUCGCGCCCGCGCACCGCGUCGGAGCGUGAAGACAAGCAGCAGCUCGCGAAUUGCCUCGCGACUGGGCUUCUUGCCGGAGGCGAGAAAGAGACGAUGAACCAGGUCAACAAAAACAACACAAUUCGCAAGACGUGCAUCAUGGACUUGCCCCGGGAGAUCAUGGACGAGGUGUUCAACAAACUGUCUCAGGAAGACCACAAGUCCUUACGCGUCGUCUGCGGCAAAUUCGAGCAGAUCCUCAACCCUCUCGUCUUUCGGCGGGCACACAUUUCGAAGGCAAGGGUAGACCGCGUGGCCUUCUGCAAUGUCGCUUCAACUUCCAGGCUAGCUGUCCAUGUGAAGGAGCUAGUAUGGUUUGAGCUGGCAGAGGAUGAGAACGUAUUCAUUGAGACAGCCAACGACGCGAUGCCGGCGUAUCAUGGCAAUCGUGGACGCCAGCUGGUUGACGCAGUUCAACACGACAACAGCCACACUCUCCCUGACUUGUCAAACCUUGCAUCAUCUCUGUUCUGGCUACCAUCUACCCCUAAAGAAGAUGACCCCCAGAAGGACGCCAUUGACUUGCAGCGCUCAAGGAUCCUCGGCGAGUGGUUUCCUGUCUUUUACCGAGCACUUGAAUCCCUGCCUAAACUGGACACUUUCACCUCUCGACCCAUGCCAGCAUACCACAUCCUGUCCAACUCCACUUGCGAAUACAAGUUCGUGGCCUAUUUGUUUCAGAUGGACAUCCGUUCCGAUAUCCAGGACUAUCAGAGGAACGACGGCUUGUUUACCGUCCUGCUUCCCGCUCUGACCCGUCUUAGGCAGACGAUCAAGCACUUGCAUUGGGCCGACGAGGCCUAUGGCGACUCGUCCAGCAUCAAGCGCAUCAGGUACAGGCACGGCCUCUCGUUCAAGUACCUCAAGACAAUUGACCUGUGUCUGGGUCUUCCCACAGAUACACGCAUCCGGCGGCCUUGGGCUAGAGGUUUCGAGAGAACCUGCUGGGCCAUGCUUGGUGCAUGCCUGGACAGAGUUCGCGGGCUCGAAGAGAUCAGCCUCUGCUUUGAAAAGGCCAACCCGAGGGUCGGAAUUGACGCACUCAUGGACGCCUUAGAUCAAUGUCUGUUCAGUGAGGAUAUCCAACUACUCGACCUUACCCGCCUAAACCUGCGAGAUGGUCCUGCGAGACGCGUCCCAUUGCUGGAUUUCCUCCUCUCGAGAUUCUUGAUCCGAUACGGCCCCGUACUGCGCCACUUGAGCUUCCGCAGGUGGUCUGUCAGCCAGAACCUGCUGCAUCGACUUUCUGCAAGCGGGAAGAUGAAGUUGGAGGGAUUCAAGAUUGACAACAGCGACUUCGAGAGCGGUGCCACUAUCCCCGAGUCCAGUCUACUCGCCUUCCUCAACAAUCGAGCCCCCAGGUGGCCCCUCCCGCUGGGCCAAGUCUCUUGCAAGUCCACGAUCGGAUCCGAUAAUGCGUUCAUGGAGACCCCUGGUAUCCGUGACUGGGCGAACCCCAAGUUUGCAUACAUCCCUGAGGGCAUGGACUUCUGUGCUGCUGUCAUUCAAGGCAGCAACCCACCAUCCAAUGACGAAGACGACGGGGACGAGGACGACGACUUUGAGCCUUCGGAAUCUUCAGAUGAUGAGGACUCUGACUCUGAUUCCGACUUGGGCUCCGACCUCGACUUCGACCCGGCCGAGGUUGAUCCAAAUGGCAACUCUGAUCCUCAGUCUGAGUCUGGCGACGACUACGAAGUAUUUGAGGACGCUGGUUCAGUUUAG